AUGUUCAACCUCGCAACAAUCUUCGGAAACGGAAUCAAUGCUCAAGGCAGUACUAAUCAACCUCGUGCUGCUGCUGCUCCUUCCAUGAUUCCACCAGUUCACCAAGCCGCAGCAGUCCCAAUGUUUGGGGCUCCAACUUAUGCUCAUAUAGCAAACUCGUUCCCACAAUUCAAUGGGUUUCCCUUAGCACCUUUACCAGGAAACAGUGCUCAAGGAAACAGUGGCGCUCCACCAGCAUUUAUGCCUUUUCCUUCAAAUUUUGCUGCGUUUCCAGGACAACUCCCGAUCCAACCGGUUCCUUUCGGAGCACCAUUUUUUGGGCAUCCUGGUAUUCAAACCGACACGAGGACAGCUGAAUACUUCCGACCAAUAAUGAAUGAAGUGUUCGGAAAUCUUCGAUCCCCUGGAAUUAUUGGAAAUGGAGAACAAUUCAGAGCUCGUUUUGUUGAAUUUAUCCAUUUGUUCAACUGCCUCUCGAUUGGAGCACAGACAGUGCUCCGUGUGGAGUUGUCAACGCAACUCUGUGCGACGUUGAUUGGUAUGAGUAUUCAACAGAAUCCAUUCCCUCUCCCUCAACCAGCCGUUCAGACUUCAGAGAUGGUUACACAGACCGAUAAUUUGGAGCUCAAAAGCUCGGAAUUACAAAUCGAUACGGAGCAGGCGAGUGCCGUGGGGCCAACUCCCCCAAUUACUCCGGCUACUUCGGGGAGUUCCAAGCCAUCCUCCGACCCAGUUCAAGAAACGCCGAAGAUUAAGGAAAACGAGAGAGAAGAAGAAAAAAUGAUGGAAAAAUUGGACAAACUCUGGGAAGGAUUUCAGCAAAAUAGAUUGGCUGGCUAUGUGGAUAGCGUGAAAAAAAUUCACGCUGCCUACAAGACAGCAAUUUUGGAAAGGAAUGCCAGAAUUGAAGAGUUGGAGGCGCAUCAGCCAAUUAGAAGAAAGCGAGGAGGAGCAAAGGCUGGAGAUAAAGCUCCUAGUGUGAGUUAUUUUUAUAGUAUUUGA